CAUGUAAGUUGAAUUACAGUAUUAAACGAUUCAACAAGCUGAAGAAGAGGGAAAAAAGAAUGAACGAAAAUAAAGAAAGUGAAGCAGAAUCUAGUGACUAUCAUGAGAACAAUUUGCCCAUUAAUUUGCCUCAAGCAUUUCGAGAUCUGAAAUUUGCUAAGAGAAUGGCUAUUGACAUUGGGGGCUCUUUGACAAAGGUUGCUUAUGUAUCAGCAUUUUCCAGAAAGAGACCAAAAACCCAAACUUAUGCUACUGUGGAUGAUGACGAGAUGACACUUGGCCAGAAGUGUCGUGCAUCAUCGUUUCCAUUGUAUGAAGUGAAGGAGGAAGAGGACUCAGGGGAGAGGUUACAUUUUGUAAAAUUUGAAACAAAAUUCCUGGAGAAAUGCCUUGAUUUCAUUCAACAAAACUUGUCCAGUGAACCUGGGUCAACAGAAAAGAAUAAAGCUUUGAAAGUAACAGGUGGUGGUGCAUUUAAGUAUAAAGAUGAAAUAACAAAGAAGCUAGGUGUCAGAGUCGACAAAGAAGACGAAAUGCAAUGUUUAAUAAAGGGAUGUAACUUCAUGCUUCAUAAUAUUCCAAAUGAGGUUUUUGAAUUUCAUCGAGAUCAAAGACCGCAGUAUGUUUUCAAAAACCUGCUUGAAACUGAUUUAUUUCCAUAUUUGUUGGUCAACAUUGGUUCCGGAGUCAGCAUUCUUAAGGUUGAUUCGUUUGAUAGUUUUGUUCGCGUUGGAGGAACAAGCAUGGGAGGGGGAACGUUUUGGGGCCUGGGCUCCCUCCUUACCAGUGCUAAGGGAUUUGACGAUUUACUGGAUCUUGCGCAUGGUGGCCAACAUACUAAUGUUGAUAUGCUGGUAAAAGAUAUCUACGGCGGAGAUUACUCAUUAAUAGGUUUGCCAGGUGAUCUAACUGCGUGUACGUUUGGUAAGGCAGUUAGGUCAGCCGUGUCGGAGACAGCAACGAACGUCAACAGAACCAAAGGAUUCUCGGAGAAGGACAUAGCGAAAAGUCUUUUACAUAUGAUUAGCAAUGAUAUUGGCCAGCUAGCUUCUCUUCACGCAAAGCUUCAUGGUCUGAAGAGAAUUUUUUUUGGUGGCUUCUUCAUUCGAGGUUACCCAAUAACAAUGCAUACUAUAACAUUUGCAAUCAAUUAUUGGUCCAAGGGGAAACAAAAGGCGUUGUUUUUACGUCACGAGGGAUAUUUAGGGGCCAUUGGGGCUUUUAUUAAAGGAGCAGAAGAAGAAGCAGCUUAUAAUGGUUCGCCGUUAUUUUGGAACUGGGGGGAAAAUUAUGCUGGUAGCUCAGGCCUACCGACGAAAACAUUUAAGACACCGGAACAUCGACCAGAUGCUAAGUGUGAUGUAUUGGAAUUAGACAGAAUGGAUAGAUCUCUUCUACCAUUUCCAUUGCUGUACCGUCCAAGUAAAUACCAUCCAGAUACUGAAGACUUGACAGCGGAUGAAACUGCGCGGGAAUAUUGGUUGGAUUGUUUCGAAUCCGGAUUACACAUGGUCGUAUCUCAGGCAAUUGCAAGUCAGGUAGAAUUAUCUGAUGCUAAAGAGAGGGCCGAGCAGUUCAGAAACAAAUACCUGGAACGGCUGAAAGUUUUACGUAAGAAGCCAUUUGCUUAUGGAAAUUUGACAGUCAGAAGUUUGCUAGAUACAAGGGAACAGAUUUUAAACGAAUUCCAGUUUUCUGACCCGUACGCUCUUGUGAAACAGAAAGAGAAUGAAGCUGCCCUAGAAAAUUUGACCAAGCGACUUGCAGAUCUGGACAAGUUAUCCUGGUAUGAUAGACAAAUUGAAAUUAUUAAAGGAAUUUUGGCUGGAAAUGUUUUUGACUGGGGAGCUAAUGAAGUUGUAAAAUUAAUGAGGGAUGGUGAUUUCCAUUUCGAAACAGCAAGAAAGAAAUUACAAGCAAGACCAUGGCUUAACGAUGAUGUUGAUGAUUGGGUAACAAGAUUGAAGGGACCACCUCACAAGAUGGCUGUGAUGUUUGUGGACAACAGUGGUGUGGAUAUUGUUCUUGGAGUAUUUCCUUUUGCCCUAGAAUUGCUUUCCCGUGGAACUGUGGUGAUACUUGCUGCGAAUUCCCGCCCCGCAUUAAAUGAUGUAACAUACGGAGAGCUGCAGAUUAUUACGGAAAAAGUGGCAGCAAUUAACCCAGUUAUACGACAAGCAGUACUGGAGAAGAGAUUAAUAAUAAUGGAGUCAGGGACGUUUUCGCCAUGUCUAGAUUUAAGACGCGUCGACGCUGAGCUGGCGAAAACAUGCGCGAAAGCGGACUUGGUUGUUUUAGAAGGAAUGGGAAGGGCGAUUCACACAAACUAUGACGCCUUUUUCACUUGUGAAUCACUCAAAAUAGCUGUUAUAAAAAACCAGUGGCUGGCUAAAAGACUUAAUGGAGACAUGUAUAGUGUAGUUUUCCGUUACAAAUGUGGAGUCGGCUCUCCAGAGAGGACAUGAAUCCGCGAUAUUUUAUAUAUUCUACAUACUUGGCAAACACCAUAUAGUCUUCUCAAGUCAAGAUUCUCGUCGGCAGACUUCAUGUUCCCUUGGAAUGUUUUUUUAUACGAGGUUUUUUAAACAAGAAGAGUAACGAUUUUGAUGUCAGCAUAUAUAUAUAUCAACAUAUCAAGACAAGAUGCAUUCGACAUUAUUACUGAAUUCGCCAUUUUCACGAAACGACCAUCAACAAACAAUAAAAUCCAGAUCAACCUUAUUUUUUUACCUUCAAUUAAAAAAGUGGG